UUUUGAACUUCCAAGUUGAGCCAGUGUCCCUGGCAGGACACAUAGGAAUAACUGUGCCCUGGGGUUACCUGCCCGUCUGAAUAGCCUACUUGAGAAAAUCUAAGCAAACUGAACAAGAAAGUGGCCUUUUGUGAAGUGACCCUUUUGUUAUUGUGUGUAACUAUCCAACCUUGCAAGGGACAGAAUGGUGACUGUCCCUGACUCUACUGACUGUCUCCAGGACACAACAGCAGCACCAGAACCUGUGCUGGCUCCCUCUGAUUCUGGACAGGAGGUUGAAGAGAAAGAAGUGGAGAAGGAACCUGUGGCUGUUGGAAAAGUCAUGCCUGAGAGAAGGAAAUCAAUCCUCAAGAGGCCUGGUGCUGCUGCAGAACUACAACCUAAAAAAGUCACCUUUGCCAACACUGAAAUGCCAAGCACAAGCACCGGGAAAGGCGACACUCGGAAGAAAAGCAUUCUGAAGAAAAGCAUUCCAAAGAAAAUCACGCACCGGCCGCCAACGCUGUCCCCACUAACACAACUUUACCUUGAUGACCUCAAGAGCCAUGUGAGUGAGGGGAACCCUACGAAGAAAUACACUGUACAGCAGAUAAUUGGCCAAGGGACUUUUGGAACAGUUUUCCGAGGAGUUGACAUUGCCACAGGAAGACGGGUGGCCAUCAAGAAGAUUUUUGUUCUCGACAGAAAGAACAAAAGGGAGCUUGUUUUAACUGAGGUUGCAGUCCUGAAGAGAAUGAGGCACCCCAAUAUCAUUCGCUACAUAGACAGAUGA